CUCCAGACCUGCCGGGAGCAGCGGUGUUGUUUUGGGAUGGUGGAGAAGGCUGCGGGAGCGAAAGGGGUGGGUUCCUCGGGGUGGAGAGGGCGAGAGCCUUUCUGGAUUCGAGAGAGGAAGAUUCCAGCAGCUUGGGCGAUCGGAGGGCAGGAGGGGAGCCGGGCAGAACUCAGCCGGGGCCAGAGGCUCGGAGACACAAAGGGGGCGUGAGAGUCCGCGCCGGGGGCUGAGGCGGGGCGGCGGGCGGGAGGUGCGCGAGGUGAGGGAGGUGUGGGGGGCGUGGGCCGCGGGAUGCUGCCGCCUGCUCCGCCUCGAGCUCCAGCUCCGGUUUUUCCCUCCACCAUCCUCUCCCCAUCCCCGCCUCUCCUUUAACUCCCCCCUCCUGGGCUCGGGACUGGUUUCCUCCCUUAGCCCGCUGCCCUCAAUCCCGGCGAGGCUGGGGCUCCGGCUCGGCGCCCCAUUCCUCGCUCCCUGGUCCGGCGCCCCAUGCCGCCCCCGCCCGGCCCCCGGCUCCCCCAGUCCCCCACUUAGGCGGGCUCACAGAUCCCGGGGUGCUGGCGCGUGGGCCGGGGGCGCGUAGGGCGCCUGCAGACGGCCCCUGGAAGGGCUCUGGUGGGGCUGAGCGCUCUGCUGCGGGGGCGCGGGCACAGCAGGAAGCAGGUCCGCGUGGGCGCUGGGGGCAUCAGCUACUGGAGUGGUCCGGGCUGAAGAGCCAGGCAGCCAAGGCAGCCACCCCGGGGGGUGAGCGACUUUGGGGGAGUUGGUGCCCCGCCCCCCAGGCCUUGGCGGGGUCAUGGGGCCCCCCCAUUUUGGGCCGGGGGGCGUGCGAGUCGGGGCCCUGCUGCUGCUGGGGGUUUUGGGGCUGGUGUCUGGGCUCAGCCUGGAGCCUGUCUACUGGAACUCGGCGAAUAAGAGGUUCCAGGCAGAGGGUGGUUAUGUGUUGUACCCUCAGAUCGGGGACCGGCUAGACCUGCUCUGCCCCCGGGCCCGGCCUCCUGGCCCUCACUCCUCUCCUAAUUAUGAGUUCUACAAGCUGUACCUGGUAGGGGGUGCCCAGGGCCGGCGCUGUGAGGCACCCCCUGCCCCAAAUCUCCUUCUUACUUGUGAUCGCCCAGACCUGGAUCUCCGCUUCACCAUCAAGUUCCAGGAGUAUAGCCCUAACCUCUGGGGCCACGAGUUCCGCUCGCACCACGAUUACUACAUCAUUGCCACAUCGGAUGGGACCCGGGAGGGCCUGGAGAGCCUGCAGGGAGGUGUCUGCCUAACCAGAGGCAUGAAGGUGCUUCUUCGAGUGGGACAAAGUCCCCGAGGAGGGGCUGCCCCCCGAAAACCUGUGUCUGAAAUGCCCAUGGAAAGAGACCGAGGGGCAGCCCACAGCCUGGAGCCUGGGAAGGAGAACAUGCCAGGUGACCCCACCAGCAAUGCAACCUCCCGGGGUGCUGAAGGCCCUCUGCCCCCUCCCAGCAUGCCCGCAGUGGCUGGGGCAGCAGGGGGGCUGGCGCUGCUCUUGCUGGGUGUGGCAGGUGCUGGGGGUGCCAUGUGUUGGCGGAGACGGCGGGCCAAGCCUUCGGAGAGUCGCCACCCUGGUCCUGGCUCCUUCGGGAGGGGAGGGUCUCUGGGCCUGGGGGGUGGAGGUGGGAUGGGACCUCGGGAGGCUGAGCCUGGGGAGCUAGGGAUAGCUCUGCGGGGCGGUGGGGCUGCAGAUCCCCCCUUCUGUCCCCACUAUGAGAAGGUGAGUGGUGACUAUGGGCAUCCUGUGUAUAUCGUGCAGGAUGGGCCCCCCCAGAGCCCUCCAAACAUCUACUACAAGGUAUGAGGGCUCCUGUCACGUGACUCUCCUGAAUCCGGCCCUUCUUGGGGUGCUCCUCCAGUUUAAUUCCUGGUUUGAGGGACACCUCUAACAUCUCCUCGGCCCCCUGUGCUCCCCCAGCCCCUUCACUCCUCCCGGCUGCUGUUCUCGUCUCCACUUUUAGGAUUCCUUAGGAUUCCCACUGCCCCACCUCCUGCCCUCCCGUUUGGCCGUGGGUGUCCCCCUCUGUCUCAGUGUCCCUGGAUCCUAUUUCCUUAGGGAGGGGCACCGGCUCAGCCUCCUCUCUGACCAUGACCCAGGCAUCCUUGUCCCCUUCACCCACCCAGAGCUAGGGGCGGAAACAGCCUACCUUUUGGUUGGCACCGCCUUCUUUCUGCCUCUCACUGGUUUUCUCUUCUCUCUAUCUCUUAUUCUUUCCCUCCCUUCUCUAGGUCUGUUCUUCUUCCCUAGCAUCCUCCCCUACCACAUCUCCUUUCACCCUCUUGGCUUCUUAUCCUGUGCCUCUCCCAUCUCCCGGGUGGGGACAUCAAAGCAUUUCUCCCCUUAGCUUUCAGCUCCCCUUCUGACCUCUCAAACCAACCACUCCCCUCAGUCUGCCAAAAAUGGGGGCCUUAUGGGGAAGGCUCUGGCACUCCACCCCAGCUCAGGCCAUGGGCAGCAGGGCUUCCUUCUCUGUCCUGGCCCAGGCCUCUACAUACUUACUCCAGCCAUUUGGGGCGGUUGGGUCAUGACAGCUACCAUGAGAAGAAGUGUCCCGUUUUGUCUAGUGGCCAAUAGCAAGAUAUGAACCGGUCAGGACAUAUACGGACUUGGUCUGAUGCUGAAUGGGCCACUUGGGACCGGAAGUGACUUGCUCCAGACAAGAGGUGACCAGGCCCGGACAGAAAUGGCCUGAGAAGUAGCAGAAGCAGUGCAGCAGGAACUGGAAGUGCCUUCAUCCAGGACAGGAAGUAGCACUUCUGAAACAGGAAGUGGUCUGGCUGGAACUCCAAGUGGCUUAGUCUGGGGGAUCGGGGGGUGGGAGGUGGAUGGUUCUUACUCUGUGGAGAAGAAGGGCGGGAAGAACUUCCUUUCGGGAGGAAGCUGGAACUUACUGACUGUAAGAGGAUAGAGGUGGACCGAGAAGGACUUUUCCCAGUCUUCAGUGGCACUUCCCAAGAUCUCCCUUUCCUUGUGCUCUGUGCUGAUUUUAGGACAGCUAAGAUGACUGCCAUGUGCUGUGGCAGGCCCAGUUUGUCUUGUUCUUUCCUUUCCAUAUCCCAGUAUAAUCUCUGUUCAUCAACAGUACUACCCCAAGAAUCCAUGUGUUCUCCCGAGUAACCCAGAUGGCUGUCUUGUUCAUUCCAUCCUCCAUUUCCGACUCCUUUCAGACUCAACAUAGUUCCCUUCUUAGUGACCAAAAUGGUGGCCUACUGGCUGGUCUAGCUGAUGGUGGUGGCAUUUAGCAAAGGCCACUGUUUCCAUAGUGACCAGCUGAUACCAAUUCCUGCCCUCUAGUGUGCAAUUGGGUGUUGCCUCAGUUUCCUCCCAGCUCAGUUUUAUUAGAUCAAAGCUGCUGUUGGGUACCAGGUUGGCCACCUCAAUCACCAGCCAAGAUGGUUGCUUUGUCCACCAGAGGUCAAUCACCUUUCUGGUGCUGUAGUUCCCAGCUCCUUCCUGAUUUUUCUAAUCGCUCCUUCUGGGAAACAGGAAGUUGAUAUUGCCAUGGUGGCGGGGUAUGCCGUCACCUCAAUAGUUUUACUGUAAAAGGGAAAUUUGAACAACAAAAACCAAAAAAAUAAAAAUAAAAAACUUCAAAAGUUAA